CUGGCAGCACUGGUAGCGACACUGACGGAGCGAUGAAGAUGGCAAUGAGCUCGCAGCGGCAACGACGAACGAGACGAUAGAUGAGAGAAUCGCGUUGCGAUUUUUAAUGCAAAUUAAGGAGGCCGUAAUGGAUUUCGACGGAAAGGUUUGCGCGCGCAGCUGGGUUAAAAAGCUUAAAAACCUUGGACGAAUCUAUGGCCUGGACAUGGAGUGCAUGCGCAUGAUGAAGAGCAACGCUCAACGCUGGCUAUAUGCCCAACACUUUGGAAACCCAGAGGAUAUGCGACAGGCAUUCGCAAACAUAUGCUUCCCAAGGAAAGGAGACAAAGUGACGAUCGCUGUCGGAACUGCAACUCGAGGGGUCACUACGCCAAAGACUGUCGCAAGCCCAAGAGAGAGCCUGGAUCUUGUUUCGUUGUUUAAAUUUUUUUUCGUACAAAAUUUAAACUUCCCUUUGAUUGGAGAAUGUCUCAUAGACUCUGGAAUCGCUUUUCGUUCAUUAAACAAUGUUUGGUCCCAGCUAAAGUAACG